GGAGUGCCAAAAUAAAAUUUAAUUUCCCCAUAUUUCCCUCCUAUAAAUACAAUCGUUUCUUAUCAUCGUUUUAAAAUAAAAAAGCAUCAUUCAACUCAUAUUUCCAUUUACUCCUCUUUCAUCUUUUCUUUCUGGAAAAUCUCCUUGUCUUAAUAACUAAAAUGGCAUACUCAAAGGUGAUUAUUGCUUUAAUGUUGGCGUUUGUAGCCGGAUCAGCUUUGGCACAAGCACCAGCAACUUCUCCAAAGAGUUCUCCUGCCCCGGUGAGUUCUCCGGCACCGAUAGCAUCACUUCUUACUACUACAUCAACACCACCUGUCUCUGCUCCUACAACUGCAUCUUCUCCAUCCGAUUCUCCAAUGGCAUCCCCACCAGCUCCACCAACUGUUGACACUCCAGCAUCAUCUCCUUCCGGCGGUGCUUCUCCUCCAUCCAUCACCGCUGCUCCCGGCGGUUCUCCUACCGAAUCACCAAACUCUGCUUCCUUCAACAUAGUCGCUGUCGCCGGAUCUGCUGUUACAACUGUCUUUGCUGCUGCUUUGAUGCUUUAAACUUUCUGAUAUGUGAAUAUUUGCAUUUUUCCAUUCGCCGGAGUUGAUGAGUUAGGCUUUAUUUUUCACUGUUUCUUUGUUACUAAUUCUUUUGGCGGUAGUUGUGACCGCUGUUGUACUAAUAUAUUCUUAUUGUUGAAUACUAUUACGGGAUUCUUUAUUUA